UCUACGCGACCGAACUCCGGGAAAAAUCUUUGUUGUCCGUUAUUAAACAUCAACAUGCCCACCAGUGACGAUAGAAUAUCUACAAAUACAAUUAUUAAAUGUGGCUACAGUACUUUUUGUUAAUUUUUAUUUGUGUGUGUGAGCACGCUAAAUAAAGAGCAAUAGUUUUGCUUAAUAACUUAAACGUAAAUAAUUUAAACUCCGGGUUAAACCAUAGUCAACCAUCUAGAUGCGGCGUCUGUUUGUGGCUCACACAUGUACGCUAGCUCGUUAGCACUGCUGUGGUUACAGUUAACCAGCUCGUUGGCUUCACUUUACCAGUUAUUAACGCUAUCCAUUUAAUAAAACAAUUAAGAGUCAUCUCUACAGUUCCGCGUUGUUUUCCACAAGCGGGGGCUCCCCCCUUUUUGUUUUUCGUCGGCUCCCACAUGAAUAACUGCUGUUCAGAAUCAUGAAGGUGAAACCCGCACAGGUUAAGGGCCACGCUAAAUCUCAGAAAUGGAAGGACGUGAGGGGCAAACGGUCCCGGCCUCCCAUCAGUUCCUCAGAGCUCAACUCCAGUCCUGUCGUGGCCAGGAUGGCGAAGGAGCACCAGGCGUCUGUGAAGAAACAGCCCACCGUCAAGAGGUUGAAGAGUAAGGCAAAGCCUGUCUCCGACUCCAAGAAAAACACCCAUCAGCCUGCAUUUAAGAAAUCUCCCACUCAGGCUAAUGGAAGUUCAGCGUUUACAAUGGACAACGGUUCAAAUGACUCGGUGGACUGGAAGGAGUAUUCCCAGUCCAUUAAUGGGAAUGGUUUGGAGACCUCAGGGGACAAGCAAGAUGUAAGCCCAAGUAGACUGGAGGGAGAGGCUCUCCAUUACUGCGCAGAGAGAGAUGAUCGACAAAACCAUGCAGUACUUGUCAUGGAGAAGGAUCAGACCCUGUGUUUCCGUGGGAAGUGCUUCUUGACCUGUCUGUAUGGUCGGGUGGAAGUGAUGGGGUUCACUAUUGAAGAGGGCCAGCAGUCCUAUCCACUCUUCUCCCCAGCCUCACAUUGUCCACUGACCAUUAGAGCCCAGGAAAGCUCUGAUCACUCGAGAGAUGACCGAUCGGAGGCUGCGCCCAUCCUCCGCAAGUACCUGUCAGCAGCAUCGCGGAAAAAGUUGCUAAAACGGAUUACGUCAAACUCCUCCAUCAUCCUACUGGAGCCCAUGGAGACGCCGCUGACGCGGUUUCUGUCGAGCUUCACAGAUCGCAGUGAAUUGUUCAGCCCCCCGGUGAGUGAACUGAUGUCAGCUGUUCUUGACACUCCCCUCAAUGGUUUGGGUGUGAUUCCCCUGGCCAGAGGCGUCGACGGCCUGAAGAUGUCAAGCACCUACAGAGAUGCUCUUAACAUGGUCGUCAGCGCCUGUAGAGGGGACAUGGAUGGCUGUGCAGUUAUCCUUGUAUGUGGUACCAAGAAUGUGGGCAAGUCGACGUUCAUCCGCAGCCUCAUCAAUACCUUACUAAAUCACACUACUGGUGUAGAUUAUUUGGAAGGGGAUCUCGGUCAAACAGAGUUCACUCCCGCUGGUUGCCUUUCUUUGUCGACUGUCAGAGAACCACUUCUGGGUCCUCCUUUCACACAUCAGUGCACACCAGAGCACAUGAUCUACUACGGUCAUUCGUCGUGCGAGGCGGACUUAGAACGCUACCUGGAGUCCCUUAAAUCCUUGUGGCGUAGACGCUCCCCGAGCCGAGAGACUCCCGUCAUUAUCAACACCAUGGGCUGGGUCAAAGGUUUUGGAUUCCAGGUGCUGGUGGACAUGAUCCGCUUCUUCCCGGUCUCGCACGUGGUCCAGCUCGGUCACAGCGGCAUCACCCAGUGUCCCGCCCUCACGCCGGAGUUUCUGAGGACGGCACACGGCUGCCAGACGCACCCGCCUGCCCAGACCGCUCUGGACGAGCUCACGGAGAGCCACAGCCCCCCCCGGAGUUACACUCACCUUAUUGUACAAUCGGAGUUUCAAGGAGUGGGACGCCAAGGAACAGCGAAACACCAGCGCACCAAUGAGCACCGAGAGCUGUCAUUGCUGGCUUACCUGAGUCAGCUGCAGUCUCCGGACCCCGGGCCAAUCAGACCACUGAACAGCCUCACCCCCUACCAGGUGCCCCACACAGCAGUAUCUUUAGGUGUGAUCCAUUGCGAGGUAGUGCCCAACCACAUGUUUUAUGCUGCCAAUGCCAGUCUGGUGGGACUAUGCUGCCUGGGAGAGAAAGUGACAAGCAGGGGGGGCCCAGUCCUGCUGUCGCAGGCUCCCAUCUGCCCAUGUGUGGGCUUCGGUGUGCUUCGAGGCAUCGACAUGGCGCGUGGCCUGUACUUUUUGCUGACCCCUGUAGAUCCCACCAUCCUCCGUAAGGUCAACUGUCUCCUCUUGGGAGCGAUAUCGCUGCCUUCCUGCAUCCUCACAUCACAGCCGGGCUUUGAAGGAGAGAUGCCCUAUGUCACUACAGACUACAGUUUUGAUCUCACUGGUGCAGGAAAGCUGCGAGUCUUCAAGGGACUGAUGAGACCCAGUCAAAUGGGGAUGCAGUGACAUUUUCUGCGUCGGUUUAUUGCCCCUUACCCUUCUCGACUGGUGUCUCGCGCUGAACCAGUCAGCAGUGGCCUUUUGAAUGUACAGAACUGAAGUUGAGCCGUAUCGCAUAUUCUGCAGGACGAGAUGGCUGCCUUCCUAUUGCUGGACUUCUACAUAUAUUUGAUAGCGCUGAGAAGGAGUUUGUCUUUUCUGUCACAUGGACAAUAAUGGGCGUUUUCGGACCGGAACACAUAUCUAAUACCCCCCCCUUUUCUUUUUUUUUGUUUGUUCGAACACUGUUUUGAGGGACUUUUACUUCAGAGUAGGUACUCUCCCAGCACAAGAGGAACUUUGAGUGAGGUGAGUGUACAGUGAUUGGUGGUCCCUGACGCAAGUGUACGUCAAUGAUCGGUUGAACACGUGAGCCAAUGCAGCACUGGGAACCGCCAUUUUGAACCGCUAGCUAACUAGCCAGCCACUAAAUUAGUAAAAUCCAACAACUUAAUACUUCAUCCACUCUUGUCACAGUGUAGAAAGCGCAUUGCUAUCGCCAGAUGAGUGACAACUUUUUCGGCUCAUUUUCUGUAACCAGCUUAGAAUUUAAAAACAUGAUCCAAUUAGCAAACUAGCGUUGGCUAACGAGACAAACUAGGGAAUUCCACCUCACUUUAAUGCUACACCGGUUACAGUAAAAAGAGCUGAACAGCAGGCUGGUGGCCAGCAUAACGGUCCCUCCUCCUCACUCCCCGCUGCUAGGAGACUAACGUUACUUCGCUGGGAGGAGAGCGGACACUAGCUAGCUAGCUAGCUAGCUAACUAGCCUGCUCCAGGGACGGAGCUGCGGGGGAGUGAGGCAGAGGAGGACCGGCUGGCUUACGUCACUUCAGUGUUUCUAUUGGCGGUGCAAAUGCAAAAUUCCUUAAAGGUAUGUAGUUCUCGGGGGACCUCCCCUGUAGAUAUUUCCUCUCAUUGAGACCCCAGAACUGUUUGGUUUCGAAAACCUCUAUUAUCACACUUUUUACUUAAUUAAAGCUCUUGUUUAACAUCUCUUCUUUGUAUAGAUGCAUUCCAAAGCUGCAAAAGAAUUCAAAAACCUGCCAGAUAUUAAAUGAGAAACAACUUUGGUUCAGACUUGUGGUUUUCUUGCUUUAAAGUGCUAAACCCAUCUUGAUAUUAACUUCAGUCAUAUAGUCCUAGAUCCAUAUAGAGUGUAGAAGGCAGAGUUAACGAGGCUUCUUUCACACAUUUUCUGUGAAUCUGAAGCCCUUUUUUUGUCAUUGUUGUGCUUUAAUACCAGUCAAAGGUUUUACAGAAAUGUCUAUUUUUACUGUUGACUAACUCUGCAUUAACUGCUGUACAUUUGGUAUUGUGUUAAAGGGACACAGAAAUGUUCCGGCAUUUGUAGGUCAUUAAAAACUUUUUGUAAAUGCAA